GACCUUUCUGCCUUGACAGCUCGAUUAAUAGUCAAAUAUCGAUAUACCGAAUACAUAAACAUCUUUAUACUUUCCUUACUGAGGCUUUACUUUAGAAAAAGAACCCAUUCCAAACCGAAUUGCCUCAGGAAUAUGGAAGAUACACAAAUGGACGAGGGCAACGUAGCCCUCGAUACCCCAGCAACCGACGUCUUCGUACCGCCCUCCAUCCACAAGCCCGCCACUCUCGCUGGCGAAACAUACACGCACUUCUCUCCCGUCCCUCCCUCUCUCCUCCCCGAAGCCCAAGACCAAAACCCAUCAUCCACCACCGACGGAACGCCCUCACAAACCGGGCCCCCCUGCGUCCUCGGCGUCGACGAAGCCGGGCGCGGCCCCGUCCUCGGGCCCAUGGUGUACGGGGUCUUCUACCUCCCCCUCGACCAAUCCGACCCUCUCCUAAAGCAAACGCACCACUUCGACGACUCCAAGGUCCUCACACCCGCCGUCCGAUCCUCGCUCAUGCAAACCCUAUGCACGGCCUCGAGCGACCUGCACUCGUCCUGCGGCUGGGCCGUAUCCUGCCUAUCAGCGCGAGACAUCGGCUCCAACAUGCUGCGCCCGAGCACCUCCGCAGCAUACAACCUCAACGCGCAAGCGCUCGACGCGACCAUAACCCUAAUCCAAGGCGUCCUGGAGCGCGGCGUCAACGUGCGCGAGAUCUACGUCGACACCGUCGGCCCCCCCGCCACGUACCAGGCGAAGCUCGCGCGCGUCUUCCCCGGGACCCGGAUCACCGUCGCCAAGAAGGCCGACAGCCUGUACCCGUGCGUGAGCGCGGCCAGCGUGUGCGCGAAGGUGACGCGGGACGCCGCGCUCGAGGUCCUCUACGAGGCGCGCGCGGCGGCCGGGCUAGCGGAGAAGGGAAACUCGGCCGCCGACGCGGAGGAGGCCGAGGAGCUGAGCUGGGGCUCAGGGUACCCGUCCGAUGCGCGGUGCGUGGCCUGGCUGCGGCGGAACAUGCACCCCGUCUUCGGCUGGGGCCCCGAGUGUCGGUUUAGUUGGGGCACGGCGAAGGAUAUGUUGGAGGCGAAGGGUGGUGUUAAGGUCGAGUGGCCCGUAGAUGAGGAGGAUGAGAAUAGCCGACUUACCGAUUACUUCGCUGAUAAGGAUAAAGAUGUAGACGAAUUAGGGACGUGGUUUGGAACACCCGCGGGUCUAGAGGCUUUUUGAGUAUAAAAAUCUAAAACGUUAAGACGACAUUAUUGCAUAAGCAUGGAUCACGGCGUCUGGACGGGGGCAAUUGUUGAAAAUCAGUAUCUAUUGAUUAGGGAAUUAUCCGAUGGGAAGUGCCUU